AUGGAUAAAUAUUACUCGGCAUCGAACUUCUUCGGUAAACCCUUAGGCGGUCAUGACAGUAACAGCUCCGGUAUGAUAGACUAUACGCUCAACGGAGACCUUCAACCGCAAAAGCAACCAAUGCUACAACAGCAGCCGCAUCAACUGUCCCCUUCCGAAUUUGGAGCAACGCCUUUUUUUGAUAAAAAGACAUUUAUAGACAUGAUGCAUUUUGCAGACUUCGGUCCGAAAUUGGCGUUGAACCGGACCAAUAACCAAGCCGUUCAAGAAACCGGGUUUGAUCCGGUUUGCUUCUUGAAGUUCCCAGUCUUGAAGGAAAGGAUAGAGGACCAUAUUCGAACCCAGCAUCUCAUGUCUUCUCAUAGGACGCCUCAGGAGGGAGGUGAGUGCGGAGGAAACAUUGGCUGCGUUUUUCUUGAAGACCAAGACAAUAACUCCAGGCGACUCCGUUUUAUUAGAGGAGGAGAAAAUGAAGAUAGGGACAACAAUAAUGUUACAACAAAGGAGGUGAACAGCAAGAGGAAGAGAGCUAGAACAAGCAAGACCAUCGAAGAAGUGGAAAGCCAACGUAUGACUCGUAUCAUGGUCGAAAGGAAACGUAGGAAGCAAAUGAACGAGCAUUUACGUGUCCUCAGGUCCCUCAUGCCUGGCUCCUACGUUAAAAGGGGAGACAAAGCCUCGAUCAUAGGAGGUGUAAUAGAGUUUGUAAGAGAGCUCGAGGAACUCCUACCGUGUCUGGAAUCACAAAAGCGUCGGAGAAUCUUGGAAGAAACCGGUCAUAGGCAAACAAGGGGCAUGACCAGGCCAACAAAUCCUUCUUCUUGCCCCGUAACUAGGGUAGCUAACCAAACUCAACCGCUCAUAAUUACCAAAAAUAUAACCGAGCUAGAGGGCGGAGGAGGACUUCUGGAGGAGAUGACGGAGAACAAGUCAUGUUUGGCUGACGUGGAGGUUAAGCUACUAGGGUUUGAUGCCAUGAUCAAAAUACUAUCAAAAAGAAGACCAGGCCAAUUACUCAUGACUAUGGCUGCUUUGGAAGAUCUCCAUCUCUCUAUUCUUCACACUAGCAUCACUACCAUGGAACAAACCGUCCUCUACUCCUUCAUUGUCAAGAUUACAAGUGAAACGAAGUUUACGGCGGAAGACAUAGCCAGUUCCAUUCAGCAAAUAUUUAGUUUUAUUCAUGGAAGUACUAUCAUGUAA